CUUCCAUAUUUGUGAGUCGGCAUUGAUUAUACAACUUGCCCUAAGACUAAAUAAAACGUGCAGAUGUUUGGAGCAUAUAUGGAGGCUGGCUAGUUAGCAAUGCUAACUGUCGUCUCUCCAUGGACCUACAAUAGUUAGUCAGUUCAUCAACACAGAAAAUGUUGUCGUUAUUUUUGUAACUUAGCGGUUAGGCAGUUGUCGGCGGGGUGCUGUCUAGCUGUUGUUAUGAUGGAUAUGGUGUUGCAGGUCCGAUUCGCCUGUCAGUUAGUCUGUUCUGCAGAGGGAACCCUCAGCCGGCUCAGUUGUUGCAUCACAUCUCAUGAUUGUGUUGGAGAUCGUAUUUGUGUUUUUCGCCAAAAUCACAGAAGUCCUUGAGUCCAAAAUGACAUACAGGAGAGAAAGGAGUGUACGAGAGGUGUAUGAAGAACGCUUUUUAACAGAACGGCCGGGUCCAUACCCACGGGCAACAGGAGCAGUGGAGAGGAGGGGCCCCUUUGGCAGGCCAGAGGAUGACUACGGCCGUGGUGGGUACGAAUACGAAGGAGGUCCGCGCUUCUUCCCUAAUGGAGGAGGCCCACGAAGUUACCAUGAGGACCAGAGGGGCUAUCAUGGUGACAGCCUUCAUUUCCCUGCUGAACGCAGAGCUGUUCCACCUUCAAGGAGGGAGGAAUAUCCUUAUAGAGUACCCAGGGAAGACCCACAUACAGGACGGCCUAUGGAGUUUGGCGCCCGUGCACCACCACCUCACAGCGUUCGAAACCAGGGCAUCUACCCAGCGCCCAGAUCACUCCCAGAGAGCGGCGAAGACACACUCGUGCAAGCCAUCCUCAACCUGGACAGAGGGGAAGACAGAGACCACUACAGAAGGAAAGCAGCCCCGUUCCCUCCGCUCAGAGAGCGAUCCCCGGUACGCCGCGAAGUGGCCCGUUCCCCCCAUAGUCGCUCCGGCUCCAGCGUCAGCAGCAGAGGCUACUCACCAGACAGAGCGAAGACUCUGCCUUUUCCCACACAACAAGGCAAGAGGUAUGAAGAGGCUUAUUCUCAGAUAAAGAUGACUGACAAAAUUCCUGGCCUAUCAAGAGAAGGCUCCCCACACAGCGCAACCUCAACCAAGGAAGAGAACCAUCCUCCCGAGGGAGAAAAAGAGGAGCCGCCGGUGGCUCCAGUUGUGGAGGAGAGCCAAAAGUUGUCUGCUGAAAACAUUCAAGAGCGACGAGCCUUGGCCAUCGCCGCCAAAGCUCAGGAGAUAGAGAAGAUAUACCGUCAGGACUGUGAGACAUUUGGCAUGGUGGUAAAGAUGCUGGUGGCUAAAGACCCCAACCUGGAGAAGCAGCUGCAGGUACCCCUCAGGGAGAACCUCGGGGAGAUCCGCGAACGUUGCCUGGAGGACCUCAAACACUUCAUCAGCGAGUUGGAUGAGGUGGUUCGGCAGCCAGAACCUUCGGUCUGUGACUCGACUACCCCAUCAACAGCCCUAACUGGUCAUAAACUUUCAAAGACGGGAGUCAAUCACAGCUCAUCAUACUGACAUAUUGGCCUGACUUGCUCUCUGUGAGACUCAGAAUGGGUGGAUUGACCUCUGAACGCGAUGGAUAUCUGAGAUGAAUUUAGGAUUGCUGGACUGAACCGACUACAGCACAGCAACCUGAAAAGCAGCUCAACAUGGCAAAGAUGCAGUGUUGCAUUUUCUGUUUGGAUGAACAGUGUUAGUUUGGAACAGACCAUUUUUACUUUAGGUUCUUUGUUAAUAUAAAAUGUUAAGCUGUUCUGUUCUGAUCUUGGCAAAAAACACGUUAUUUAAAAAAAAUGCCUGUCUCACUGUGGAAAUGGUCAACAUGGGUUUCAUUAUUUAACCUGUUUUGAUGAAAAUGUGUUGUUAACAAUAGACUUCUCCAGUAUGACUCACACUUCUACAGAAGGACAGGCUGGUUAAGACGUUUUGUUUUGUACAAUUUUUUUUGUAGCAGUCAGAUGUAUGACCUGGUGCUGCUAAAUGUACAGUUCUACAAUAAAUUUGUACUGUGUAGAAAUGCCAA